AAUUAUGAUAUUUAAUGUUUUAUUAAUCUCCAAAAUUUCCAUUCAGAGGGUUUCUCUCUCUUCUUCUCGCUCGCAUUCUCCUUCUUCCGCCAUAAUCGCCCAAGCAAGUGGAAUCAAAUUCGUCGCGCUCACUCCUUCCAACGACGCCGUUUCAGAUCUGAAUCGCCGCCGUUUCGGAGAUCCACAGUGCCGGCAUUCUCCGUUCAAUUCACGCACCUUUCAUGCUCUUCGCCUCGUGCGCACAGAUCUUGAAAAUUGGCGCCUCAACGACGUUCGCAGCGCCACGCGAGUGGCCAGAUGCCGCAGGGCAAUGCCGCCGCCGCCGCUCUGUUAGACCACGGCGGCGAUGCUGGAGACGCCGUCAUGGCGCGGUGGCUCCAGUCCGCCGGCUUGCAGCAUCUCGCCUCUCCUCUAGCUUCUACCGCCAUCGAUCAUCGCCUCCUCCCCAACCUUCUCAUGCAGGGUUAUGGAGCACAGUCUGCUGAGGAGAAGCAGAGGCUUUUGAAGUUGAUGAGAAACCUCAAUUUUAAUGGGGAGUCUGGUUCAGAGCCAUAUACGCCCACCGCCCAAUCUUUAGGUGGAGUGGCUGGGUCGGAUGGGUUUUAUUCUCCUGAGUUCAGGGGCGAUUUUGGAGCCGGGCUUUUGGAUCUUCAUGCUAUGGACGAUACAGAGCUUUUGUCUGAGCAUGUAGUUUCAGAACCUUUUGAGCCAUCGCCUUUCAUGCCUGGAGAUGCUAGAGUAUUUGAAGACGAUUUUUAUCCAAUUAACAACAAACUGGAAAGUGGGGAAGCAGAUGCUGACACAUCAAUUUCCGUACCAAUCAAUGAAAAAGAGUAUAGCACAAGGGAAAACAGUGUUGCUAAAAUUAGAGUUGUGGUACGCAAAAGACCAUUAAACAAGAAGGAGCUAGCUAAGAAGGAGGAUGAUAUUGUAACUGUAUCUGACAAUGCAUAUUUGACAGUCCAUGAACCCAAACUAAAGGUUGAUUUGACAGCUUAUGUGGAGAAGCAUGAGUUUUGUUUUGAUGCUGUGCUUGAUGAGCAUGUUACCAAUGAUGAAGUAUACCGAACUACUGUUGAACCAAUUAUUCCUACAAUUUUCGAGCGAACCAAAGCUACCUGUUUCGCUUAUGGUCAGACAGGAAGUGGCAAAACAUACACAAUGCAACCCUUACCACUCAGAGCUGCUGAAGACCUUGUUCGACAAUUGCAUCAGCCAGUUUACCGGAACCAGAGAUUUAAAUUGUGGCUCAGCUAUUUUGAGAUAUAUGGAGGAAAGCUUUAUGAUCUUCUUAGUGAAAGAAAGAAACUUUGUAUGAGGGAAGAUGGACGACAGCAGGUUUGCAUUGUAGGACUGCAAGAAUUUGAAGUUUCUGAUGUGCAAAUUGUCAAAGAAUUCAUUGAAAGGGGAAAUGCUGCAAGAAGUACAGGAUCCACUGGGGCAAAUGAGGAGUCCUCCAGGUCACAUGCUAUCUUACAACUGGUUGUAAAGAAACACAAUGAAGUGAAAGAGAGUAAGCGAAACAAUGAUGGGAAUGAAGCAAGAAGUGGGAAGGUUGUGGGGAAAAUUUCUUUUAUUGAUCUUGCUGGAAGUGAACGAGGUGCUGACACUACUGAUAAUGAUCGUCAGACACGGAUUGAAGGAGCGGAAAUCAACAAGAGCCUUUUGGCUUUGAAGGAGUGCAUCCGUGCUUUAGACAAUGAUCAAAUUCAUAUUCCAUUUCGGGGAAGUAAACUCACAGAAGUGCUUCGGGACUCCUUUGUCGGUAACUCAAAGACUGUAAUGAUCUCCUGUAUAUCUCCGGGUGCUGGAUCUUGUGAACACACGCUUAAUACCUUGAGAUAUGCAGAUCGAGUUAAAAGUCUGUCCAAAAGUGGGAAUCCUAGAAAAGACCAGGUUCUGAAUCCUGCUCCACAAACCAAUAAGGAGAUUUCAUCCACAUCAUCUAUUCCAGCUAGUGCUGGUGCAGAGGAUUUUAUCCAUCAACGUCAAGAGAAAACAAUGGACAUAGGCAGGAAAUUUGUUGAAAGGGAAAAUUCUUCGUACAGCUCUGCUGCUACUGCUGUUGACAAACAGCCGUUAAGUUUUUCUUCAAGUUAUCUAUCAAAUGGGCGAGAGGAGAAAGGCUUGCCUUCUGCUUCAUUGGACCGGGAUAGGUUUGAACUGAAGAACUCGUAUGGUGACUCCACCAGUCAAAAGAUGAACUCUUACUCACAAAUUGAUACAGGUGAGAAAUUGCAAAAGGUGUCUCCGCCACGCAGAAAAGGGUCUAAGGAUGAAAAAUCUGAAAGGCCUGCAAAUUGGAUGAAAAGGGAUGCCAAUGGUUCUGAUCCCUUCAUUACAAGCUCCAAACAGCAGAGCACGGGGAACUAUAGCAAUGUGUCUAAGGAUGAAAAGUCUGAUAGGUCUUCAAACUGGAUGAAAAGGGAUUCCAGCAGUUCUGAUCUUUUCACUACAAGCUCCAAACAGCAGAGCACAGGGAAUAAUGUAUCUAAGGAUGAAAAAUCUGAAAGGCCAGCAAACUGGAUGAAAAGGGAUGCCAGCAACUCUGGUAUGUUCUCUACAAGCUCCAAGCAGCCGAGCACAGGGAACUAUAACAAUAUUACGACUGGAUCCAGGCCUUAUGAAGGAGAAUCCUCUCCUAACGGGAAUAUCAAUGCAGUACUUGAGGAGGAAGAAGCACUCAUUGCUGCUCAUAGGAAGGAAAUUGAGGAUACAAUGGAGAUUGUUCGUGAAGAAAUGAAACUCCUGGCAGAAGUGGACCAACCGGGAAGCCUUAUUGACAACUAUGUAACCCAAUUGAGUUUUGUGCUUUCUCGCAAAGCAGCAGGUCUGGUGGGUCUUCAAGCUCGUCUUGCAAGAUUCCAACAUCGACUAAAAGAGCAGGAGAUUCUAAGUAGAAAAAGAGUACCGCGUCAGUAAGAGACUUCCUCGCUUUCUCUUGUUCAACCUCAUCUGCAUUCUCGUGCUUGUUAGCUAAAUAGUUGAAAGGUUUUGUUUGAGAUAAGCAAAAAUCUUUUGGUGAAUAUGUUCUAAUUGAGUUUACUUACAUGUAUAUGCCCUUGUGUGAGUCGUGUGACUUUUGGGCCACUUCAUGCCUUUGCAAAUUUGGUGUAAUCUAUGUAGGUUAUCUGGGCCGUUGUUAUAAAAGCCACAAAAAGGUUUGUCUGCCCCUAAAUUUUUAGUUUGAGGGCAAAGUGAAAAUAAAAAUAGAAUUUGAUAUGCAGAUUCAAAAUUAAUGCGUUUAAAU